AUGGGUGCUUUUCUGGAUAAACCAAAAACCGAUAAAGAUAACGACGAAGGAGUGGCCCAUGGCACGCGCUAUGCAGUGGCAUCAAUGCAGGGAUGGCGGAUCGACAUGGAGGAUGCGCACGUGGUCGAGAUUUCGAUGUCCAGUGAGCCACCCUUCCUCAACUGGUCAUUCUAUGCAGUGUUCGAUGGUCAUGCCGGCAACAGGGCUGCACGGCAUUCCGCAGAAAAUCUGCUGAAAACAUUACUGGGCACCUCACAGUUCGCCAAG